CAAAGAGACAACAUGGCUGACACUUUCUGAAGAAAUUUUUCUUUAAUAUUUUGUUGAUCCCAACUAAAUAAACAAAAGAAGGUGUACUUAAACAUAUUGGAAGAAUGCCUACCACAAUAGAGAAUGCGUAUGAUGUGUUAGAACUUCCAUCAGGUGCUGACAGCAGUUCAGUGUUAACCAGCUACAAACGUUUAGCUCUACAAUGGCACCCGGACAAACACCAGAACUCAGAAAAAGCUAAAAAGAAGUUUCGAAAGAUAAGUAUAGCUUAUAAAAGACUAGCAUCUGAAGAUUUUGACUCAGAGGAUGAAAACGACCUGACACUCGGAGAUAUGAAGGAUUUGUUUGAGGAUAUAUUUUUACAAAAAACAGAAAGUCAUAAUGGUUAUGAUGAUGUCAGUUCUGAUGACUCCGAAGAUGAGACGGAUUAUCUCACCAUGUUUGCCAAUAAACUAAAAACAAAACAAGAUUUUAGAAAAAAUAGAUCAGAUGAAAAUCAUCACAACGGCUCCAGGUUAACUGCCGAGGAGAUCGAGAAAAAUGCUGAUGAACUUUUAGCUGAAGAAGAAAAAGAGAAACGAAAAGCAGAAAAACGACGAGCCAAGAAGAAAAGGCGGAGAGAGAAAAAGAGAAUAGAAAAAUCAGAAGAGACAAAAGGAGAAAACACCAAAAAUACUAACCAUAAGUCAAAACAAAAUGGAUUAGAUAGGCAUAAAGAUAAAAAAUCAAAAGGGUCUUCAGAUUCUGAAACUGAAGAUUUUGAUCAAAAGUCAGCAUUUUUCAAAGUUGUUAGUAAAAAGAAAAAAGGUACAACUGAAGUGUUACCAGAGAUUCAACCCAAUGUUACCACUAAGAAAAUUAAGGGGAAACCACAACAAAAAGAUACAACGGAAGAGACAGAGGAACUAGAUCCAUUGGUAUUACGUAGUCGACAGUUAGCUAUCCGAGGUAAUGAAAUGGCCAAUGAAGGGCACUACCAAAUGGCAGCUGACCUGUUCUCAGAGGCUAUCAAACUAGAUCACUCAGAUUAUAGGUUUUAUGGUAAUAGAUCUUACUGUUUUGACCGCCUCUUGCAAUAUGAAAAAGCACUGAAAGAUGCGGACAAAGCUAUAGCCUUAGAUAGUGAUUGGCCAAAAGGUUUCUUCAGGAAAGGAAGAGCUUUAGCGGGUUUAAAACUAUAUGCUGAUGCUGAGCAGGCAUUUAUGCAGGUGAUCAAACUAGACAGGAACUGUGACGAUGCUUUACAAGAACUGCUACGUGUUAGAACACAUCAACUUACGGAGAUGGGAUUCUCAAGACAACAGGCAGAGUCUGCAAUACGCCAAUACAACACUGUACAACAAGCUUUAGACUCUUUAUUAGCAGGAGUUGUUGCUGAGAGUAACCUAGGGGGAGAGGUGUAUGUAUCCGAUGAGGAUGACUACACAAUAACACAUAGCAACAAACCAACAGUGUCCACGACAACAAACCAUAUAGCAACCACACAACAAUUUACAACAGUAUACACACAAAAAACAGAAAAAAUACCAGAUACAAAAAUGGAUCCUAAGAAUCCAGAAGGUCUCACCGCUUUAUGGGUUGGUAAUGUGUUACCUGAAGUCAAAGAAAAAAAUCUCACACAGUUGUUUUCAAAAUAUGGUACUGUCACUAGUGUACGAUGUUUACCAGAAAAGUAUUGUGCUUUUAUCAAUUUUAAAACUAAAGAGGGAGCUGGAAAAGCUAUGAAUAACUUACAGGGCUUUGAAUGUGGAGGCCAACGCUUGCUUAUCAAGUUUCCCGACAAUCCAAUAGAGAAUGGCGUGCCUGGAACAGUUCCAGGUAGUCUGGUGUUGAAGAAGUCCAACAUAACAGCUCCAUCCCCUUCACAUCAACAGAAUCAACAAGCUCCAAAAACACAAAGCAUACCAGGCCUACCAGCUUCUCUAGCCGCAGCUGCAGGAGUACGGAACGAACCUAAGCAGACUGGUCCCGUCAAUGGAGAUGAGUGCUACUUCUGGCGUACCACGGGUUGUGCUUACGGUGACAAAUGCCACUACAAACACAAUCCAACUAGUAAAGGAAUCGAUAAAAAACCAUGGCAGAAAGUCAAAUAGCUGAUUUGGACUCUGUGUAGAGUCCCUACUAAAAAUAUAGGAAAAAUAAAAAAUAUAUGACAUUUUUACAAAAAUAAAAAAUACAGUCAGUGCGUAUCGUGUUGAACUGUUACUGAGAAGAUGAGUGUGUUAUGAUGUAGAAUGUCGUCAUAGUAAUGCAGAUGAUGAGUGUGGUAUGGAGUAGAACUUUGUCAUAGCAACCUAGCCUCUGUUUAUGGAUAGUAGACUGGAUAGUUCAAUUACAAACUAGAGAUAAUUAAUCUUCAUCUAUUAUAAGUUAUAGUUAAGUAAAGUCAACGAGUAACUUAUUAUAUUCAGUAGCUUAUAACAAUACAAUACAAGGGAAAAACAAAGGGCAAUAUAAAACAAUUUCGGUUCCUAAUUUGAUAUUUAGAGAAUUCAUUUUUCUCAAAUUAAGCAUGUCUAGUUGAAACAAGAUAUUACAAAGCAAUGUGUAACUUGUACUGUACAUGUGAAUGUAUGUGGUAAAUUGGUAGGCCAUCUGGGUUCAAGUUUUGUUUGUUAGCUUAUUUACACUAACCU